AUGCCGCAAAACUUUGUGUUACCCACCGCCCUUGAGCCAUACAAGGGGUUUGGUGAUUCCGGCGCUCAUGUUAAGAAAUUCCAAUUUAUGAUGUUUUUUAAUGGCACUAACAAUGAACAUGUGCUUUGUCGAGCUUUUCCAACUUAUCUUGAUGGUGUUGCAUUACUCUGGUUUUUCAAGUUGUCUGCAGGUUCAAUUUCUUCUUUUGAGGAGCUGGCAAGAUCUUUCAUCGAUUACUUUGUCGCAUCAAGAAUAUAUGUGCAUGGAUUAGACUACCUAGGCACAAUCAGACAAGGGCAACACGAAAGCCUAAAGGACUACAUGACUCGGUUCGCUGAAAAAACCAUAGAGAUUCCAGACUUAGACCCGGCAGUCCACCUACACGCCCUUAAAACCGGCCUCAGACCUGGCAAGUUCUCGGAGACGAUUGCAGUAACCAAACCAAAGACGCCGGAAGAGUUCCGAGAAAGGGCUGCAUGUCAAAUGGAUGUCGAAGAACUCCGUGAAGCUCAGAAAACGGACAGACAACCACCCAGAAGAGAAGAGGAAAAGGCUUUCAAAUUACCAAGCAACAAGGAAUCAAAGAAACCUUUCAAGCUCACACCAAAAUUCGAUACUUAUACCAGAUUCAAUACAAAGAAAGAAAAAAUAAUCAAAGAGAUUCUCAAUGCCAAAAUAAUAAAGCCCCCUGCCCGAGCAGGAAGUUACCAGGAUCAGCGAUUUGUAGACAAAAGUAAACACUGUGUUUUCCACCAGAAGUAUGAACACAUAACGGAUGAAUGCAUAAUUGCCAAGGCAACGAACCUCGGAAGAAAAAGAUUACAGUAG